AUGAAGCGUAAACAAGAAUAUCUUUACAAUUCAGUAGACAUGGAUGUUGCUGAAAUGCAGGCUGGCAAUAGUCAUGUUCAAUAUUCCAAAUUCAGGUUGUUUGACAAGUUAGUUUCGCCUAUUGCUAAUUCGACGCAAUUAGAGACAUCCCCGUCUACAUCGGCAUCAAAGCGUGUCCAUGGUGCUUCAGCAGACCAGUUAGAUAGGUUGCAUGCAAUGGUGCAAAACAUUUCGUCAACUAUGAAUGA